CCACAUUCUACAUUGAUCCAUCAACAACUCUUCACAAUGGUCAGGUUUGGUGUUUCUGCUGUCUUCGCCGCCGUGCUUGCUUGCCCAGCCGCUGCUCGCAUUCUCGCCGUCAACGAGAUCCCCGAUUGGGCCUGGGUCCGCCACUACGAGGCUAUCGAGGCCGCUCACCAGCGUUACAAUGCCACUGGUGUUUUGCACCGGCGCGAUGAUUGCAACGGUCAGGAGUGCGCCACUUACACCGACGUUCACUCCGAUGAAAAGGCCACUGCCUGGGGCGACGAUAUCGUUGCUCAAGGCUACGACCCUCCCCCCGUCAACUCCUGGACCGAGAUCAAGAACAAUGCUAGAAAGGGAUGCCUUGACUCUUCUUGCGGAUCUGCCCCCACUUGCCACGAGAACUUCAAGAACACUGCCUGCCUCACCAUCACCGGUGACUACUCUGGCCAGGAGCUCGGCCUCCAGAUGUACGACGCCCUGUGGGUCGUGUUUGGCCACACCGUCAAGGAAGAGAAUGCUCUCGAUGCCAUUGAGGAUGUUAUCGCCGCUAUUAGACAGUCCACCACCCCUACCAACUACCACAUGCGCAUGAACAAGGACCACGGCAUGUCGGGCUUCCUCGACUUUGCCUUUUACGAGAAGGAGACUAGCGGCUUCAACUUUUGCGACAUUCUUAACCCCUGGCUUGAAGCUGGAAGCUUGGUUCCCAACGAGGCUGUCCAGGGCGCACUGGUGCCAGCCAAGAUUCUCUGUGCUUUCAAGGGCUAGAAGGUGGCCAAUUGUCAUCUAUAGAGAUCUUUGGGCAAGGGCUUAGAGGUUAAUUUAAUGAAAUACAAACAGCAGUAUUAACAAGCCUACAUAUACACUCCAUUAAUGCUUAGUUUAAUUAAGG